GCAUGCGCACAACAGCUGCUGCUCAACGAGCCACAUGCUAGUAGACUAGUCUUAGUAGUUAGUACCUAGCUAGAGAGAGAGAGAGGGGGGGGGGAGAGAGAGAGAGAGAGAGAGAAGCGAGAGGGAAGAAGCAACCGAGAAGGAGAGAAGGUAGCAAGAAGGAAGAAGGCGAGCGGAGAGGCUGAGGAGAGCGCGCAAUGGAGCAGCAGCAUCAGGAGCGGCCGCGGGAGGUGUACCGGGAGUGCAUGCGCAACCACGCGGCGAAGCUGGGGACCUACGCCUCCGACGGCUGCUGCGAGUACACCCCCGACGACGGCCAGCCCGCCGCGAUGCUCUGCGCCGCCUGCGGCUGCCACCGCAACUUCCACCGGAAGGCCUUCCUCGACGCGGCCGCGGGGGCGCCCGGCGGCGGCGGCGGCUUGCACGGCGCAAUGCUGACCUCCUCCCCCGGCGCGCCGGCUGGCUACGGCAUGCACAUGGCGAUGGCCGCCGCCGGCAUGGGCGGGGACGGCGGCGCGCACGGCUCCGCGGGCAGGCGGCGGACGCGGACCAAGUUCACCGAGGAGCAGAAGGAGCGCAUGGCGCGGUUCGCGGAGCGGCUCGGCUGGCGGAUGCCCAAGCGGGAGCCCGGCCGCGCGCCGGGGGACGACGAGGUGGGGCGCUUCUGCCGGGAGAUCGGGGUCACCAGGCAGGUCUUCAAGGUCUGGAUGCACAACCACAAGGCCGGCGGCGGCAGCGGGGGCGCGGGCGCCGGCGUCGCCGCUCAGACGUCGUCGUCCACGACGCGUGGCGGCGGCGGCGUUGGAGCAGCAGGAGGAGGGAGCAUGUCUCCGGUGAUGGGCGGCGACGGCGAGGACGACGAGGAGGUGAGGGGGAGCGAGAUGUGCAUGUAGCAUCGUCGUUACUUGCGGCGGCAAUGCCAUGGCCUGCUGGCUGCGAUCCCAUGAUUAACACCUCCUUUUGCUGCUAAUUCCUUUCGGUGAUUUUGCUUCCAUGAGUUCAUGAUUGUUGAUGAUGAGAGGCUGAUUGUUUAAACGGCUGUACCUGUACUGAUGCUGUGCUAUUGUGAUCAUUCAUUCAUUUGUAUGUUCACGAUCUCUUGCUUUCCUGUCUUAUCACUACUACCUACCUCGCCAUGAAAUUUUAAGAUCGGUGAUACUGUGAUACACAUAUGCAUGGGCAUA